AAAUCCGUGGCUCUGUGUUGAGCUGUGAUGGGUUGCUCCAUCACAAUGCGUGUGCAGUUUCGCAAUCCGAACUGUCGCUUUAAGACAACGAUAGCUUUGUGUCUGAUUAAUUCAAUGUACGGCGACGCGUUAGUGGAGAAACCUUAUUAGACUGCCGGCCGCACAGAGAGAGGGGAUCACUGCGCGCUGCAACACAAUUAGCCUCACUUAGGGAGAAAAACACUUGAACUUAUAAUAAGGUGUUUUUGAGAUGAAGAUAUCUUGAGGAUGGGUUGUUCGGAGUAAAACAACUGCAUCGAGAAAAGAGGGAUUUUCACGACCAGCUUUGGAGUACAUCACAGAGGAGGACAGAAGAUUGGAAGGCAUGUCGUCGGAAAAACACGGUCUUGAUGACUCUAGCCGUCAGACCAUGCAGCCUCCUCCAUACCUCCCCGGCCCGCAAGACCCAAACGUACCUCAGCAUCCCAACAUGCAGCAUCCACCCGGCACCCAACCCAACUACCCUCCUCCCCCUCCUCCCCCGGGCUCAGAUGGAUAUCUCCAAGAAACCCAGUUCCACUGCGGCCCGAUGGGACCUCAGGGGGCCAUGCAGGGCUACUCGGUCCAGACCCAGGGCCCCGGGGGCACCAUGCCUCACGCCCCUGUAGGGUACCUCCAGCCGGGCUACCCGCUCCAGCUGCAGCCGUGCACAGCUUACGUACCUGUCUACCCCAUGGCAUCGGGUCAGCCCUACAUCCAGGCGGGGGGGGGCCACCCUGGGAUCCCACCCGGACAGAUUCAUCCCAUGCAAAUGCCCCCCGGCAUCACCCUGAUGGACCGCCGGCCGCCCCACGACUACCUGCCCAUCGCCGUGCUCACCACCGUCUGCUGCUUCUGGCCCACAGGCAUCAUUGCCAUCAUCAAAGCAGUGCAGGUGCGCACGGCGAUAGCCAGAGGGGACAUGGUGACGGCGGAAAUAGCCUCCCGCGAGGCUCGCAACUUCUCCUUCAUCAGCCUAGCUGUUGGUAUUGCCUCCAUCGUGCUGUGCACCAUCCUCACCGUGGUCGUCAUCAUCGCCUCGCAGCACCACGACGAAGACUGGGAUCCCUAACUCCUCGCAGUGUCAGACAAAUGGAAAUCAUGGCGUUUACAUAGCUAACUACUCUCAAGCGUUUGGAGGAAAUAGGAGCACUGAGAAUGCACACAAACUGCUAUUGCAUCGCUGGCACACACACAGCUCCGACCUAACCUGCUGCCAUCAAACACACGACCAAAAACAACCAAUCACAGCUGAUGUUCAAACGCCAAAUACAAGCAUCUGUCAAAUGAGGCCCAGUAUUUCUGUUAGUACAGCGAGUGCUUAAUAUUUACACUCUGAAAUGAGCUGCAAGAGGGAAGCUCCUUGUUUUAACAAUUCAUUUGAUGCCCAUUAAUUCAUACAUAGGAUGUUAGGUAGCUACUAAAUUGGACCCAGAUUAAUUGUUUUUAGGAUAGUUAAAUGCCCAUUUUAGUCUUACAAGUACAUUUGUUCUUCUUUUUUAUAGUGCCAUGUUGAAGCAGUGUUGAUUUGCAGAGUUGUAUUAUUGCUGUUGUCAAGCUUAUAGAAAGUGUUAAACGGGGUGAUCAAUACACAUUUAACACACCAAAUGGAGACUGGACUGUGUCUAAUGUAAUCAAACACAGAGUAUUUAUUUGAGAUUCAUUGUUUGUAUGUUACAUGGACACUUAGGCUGGAUGAGAUGAUACAUUAUUUAUGAAUUAUAUGUUUUUUUAUUUAUUUAAAUAUCUGUUAUGUAUUAAUUUAUUCAAUGCAACGACUUUCUCUGCUCUCAUUUACAUUAUAUCACUAGUUGUUGCAGCUAUACAACACUCUGAAAUUGGCUUAAAUUUGAUAUCUGAUGGUGAUGCACUUUGUGGUUACAAGACGUUACGAUGCAGCUGCUUACAUUCAUAGUUUUAUAGUGCAUGAUAAAUAUACAUUUAAGCUAAAGGGGUGUCCAGUGCAAUAAUAGCUAUUGGUGGGAAUAUUUCCUAAAGUACAAAUGUGAGGUACAGUAUUUUAGUACAAGCUACUGUCAAAAUAAGAAAUGGAGACAAUUUAGAUAAUUGAAUUUUAGGUUUGCAAACAUUAUUUUGGCAGUAAUUUAGAAAUGUAUUUGCCUAUCUUGUGUUGCACAUCUCUUAGCUAUUUAGUCUCUCAGACACUGUAUGUGAAAAUAUAGUGCACCGUUAAACUUAAGAGGCAACAUAACCCUGCAUGUCAUCCUCAGUUUGUCUCCACUUGUCUUAAAUAUUGAGGUUUCACUGUUGUAACAAAACGAGUCAGGGUUCAUGUCACAAAAGAGUGUGGUCUCCAAAAUGAAGCAGCAGGUGUGCUGUUAUGUAUAAGAGCGAACAUGGCCGUAACGUUACUGUAUGAACUAUGACCUGAGGUUUCUGGGGUUAUGGGAGGAACUGAAAAUGAAUGUUUCCAAUAAGAGAGAGAUACAUUAUUAAUGCCUAUACUGUAUUGUAGCACUUUCCGCUCUUUGAAAUCUUUCCCUCUCUGCCUCUAUCUUUUUUCCUAUCAACAUGAGUUAUUGGACCUAUUCAUAUUUCCCUUCUGCUCCCCCUUUUUCCUCUGUUGGUCCCUAUGAUGAUGCUAUUUUUAAAAGAGUUGUACAGAGAUAUUUAAAAUGAUGUUUGUUGAACAAAAACAGACAGUAUAAACACAGUUUAUUCAGUAGUAUAUAUUAUGUUAUUGUUAUUAUUGGCAACGGCAUUGCAUUUGAUUAUCACGUAUGUAUUAUAUUAAGUAAAUCUGGGCACAUAUUUAUCAAUCUUCUAAAAACUACAAUUAAUAUUGCUCCUAAAAGCCAGCUUAGUAACAAUACCGUUUUGUGAAGAGACUUCCUCCUUUCUACAGCCUGUAACUUUUAUUUGAUUGAUCACAUAUAUGUACAGAUACCAGGAUUUACCCAAUAACUGCCUUAUUGAUUAUUAUUUAAAAGAAUAGAUUAGAAUUUUUUUAUUUUCCAGCCGAGGCAGGAGAAUUAUCUUCCAUCUCACCUUAAAAAACAAUCAAUUUUACUCAGUGAGUAACAUCGUUUUUUUUCUGUCAAAACAUGUGAUUUAAUAAUUACAGAAUUAUUCUGACUGUUCAGAUAACAUAUUAUUAAUAGCUGAAGACUUUCUGAUAAAAUUGCUUUUAUUAACAGUUGAACUUUGUGGGAAUUAUGCUUAUUCGCCAUCUUGCAGAGCAUUAGAUGAGAAUAUCAAUAUGACUCUUUGUGCGUAUCCAUCCAUCGUCUACUUAAAAACUAAUAAUUUAAAUUAGUAAAAUUAAGGUUUUUCUUUCUUUGAACACUUAAAUGAAUACUUCACCUACAAAAUAACCAACUGUAUAAUUAUUCACUGUUUUACCUGAAGUUCUUUAGGAAAAGUUAUUUUCUUUUCACGAUAAAUGAAGAAUUUUAGAAGCCGGAGAAGUUCUCAUUUAAGCAAAAAGAAAAAUCCCUUUUAGCCGUUUGAUAAAUAAACGCCCUGUGCUAAUAUGAUUGACUGAGUGAUAUUUCAGUGUUAAAAGAGUAAACGAAGCACAGUAUUGUUUAGUAUUAUAAUUGUGCAGAGGGCUCUGACAGUGAGUGUGUGUGCAUAGAGUGAUUCUUAGCAUAUCUAGUUUAUACAGCACUAGGCUUCAUCUCCCUGUGUGCUUUCUGAUGUGACUUAACAUAGCUGUUUAUACACAGCUGGGAGAUGUGUACUUCAUUUUUAUUUUUGAAAUUAUUAUUUAUUGAGCUUGUAAACGCGAUGGGUUGCUUGUUUCAAAGAGCCAGAAAUGUCCUGUGUACAUGUGGUUCUCUUGAGGUUUAUUAUUAUAAUUAUGUUCAUGGCUGUGUUGCACAUGCGUUAGUUGUUUCUGACUUCAGUUGUUUGAGUAAUGAAUAAAAGAAUCAUUUUUUGGUUGUGAACGAUA